CACCUGUCAACCUCAGGGGAUGGGACAUCUGUCUUUGUUGAGUGCCGUUUUCUGCUGAGAGAUUCACCUGCCUGCUGGCGAGGAUGAACAAGCCCCUGAACCAGCCCGAGCGGAGGGGCUCGGCAGUGGCGCCGUUACGGGACUGCUCCGAUCAGCCGACCAAAAAGAAGGACGUGGAGCUGCUCCUGGUGAAAGAGCAGAACGGCGUGCAGUACACCAGCAGCAACCUCCUGGAGCCCGGCAGUACGCGCUACAGCCCCGCCGCCGGGGAGCCUGAGCGGGAGACGUGGGGCAAGAAGAUUGACUUCCUCCUCUCGGUCAUCGGGUUUUCCGUGGAUCUGGCCAACGUCUGGCGAUUUCCAUACCUCUGCUAUAAAAACGGAGGAGGUGCCUUCCUCAUCCCUUACAUCCUCUUCCUCAUCAUUGCUGGGAUGCCCUUAUUCUAUAUGGAACUAGCUUUGGGCCAGUAUAACAGAGAAGGGGCUGCCACCGUAUGGAAAAUCUGUCCACUUUUUAAAGGUGUAGGCUAUGCUGUGAUACUCAUAGCUCUAUACGUGGGUUUCUACUACAACGUUAUCAUAGCUUGGUCUCUGUAUUAUCUGUUUGCAUCCUUCACGCUGGAGGAGCUUCCCUGGACAAAGUGUGGCAACCCCUGGAACAGCCCCAACUGUACAGACCCCAAACUCAUCAACGCCUCGACGUUUGCCGCUGGCACCACUUACUCCAAGUACAAGAUGACUCCUGCAGCUGAAUUUUAUGAACGGCGAGUUUUGCAGCUUCACCAAAGCCGUGGGAUUCAGGAUGUCGGCUUGCCCCGAUGGCAGCUCAUACUGUGUCUCUUGGUGGUGGUGAUUGUUCUUUUCUUUAGCCUGUGGAAGGGUGUGAAGACUUCAGGAAAGGUUGUAUGGAUAACAGCCACAUUGCCUUAUGUUGUAUUAUUUGUACUGUUAAUCCAUGGACUAACCUUGCCUGGUGCAUACGAUGGGAUCAAAGCUUACCUCAACAUCGAUUUCAGAAGAUUAAAAGAAGCCACAGUAUGGAUUGAUGCAGCCACGCAGAUAUUUUAUUCCUUAGGGGCUGGUUUUGGGGUCCUAAUUGCCUUUGCCAGCUACAAUAAGUUCGACAACAAUUGUUACAGGGAUGCACUGAUGACCAGCACCAUCAAUUGUGUCACUAGCUUCAUCUCAGGAUUUGCAAUCUUUUCUAUCUUGGGCUACAUGGCUCACAUAUACAAAGUCAGAAUUCAAGAUGUGGCCACUGAAGGGGCUGGAUUAGUUUUCAUCAUUUAUCCAGAAGCUAUUUCAACCCUUAAAGGAUCAACGUUCUGGGCAGUGGUGUUUUUCAUAAUGCUGCUUUCACUGGGUAUUGACAGUUCUAUGGGUGGCAUGGAAGCUGUAAUCACUGGCUUAGCAGAUGAUUUCCACAUCCUGAAAAGGCACAGAAAGCUUUUCACAUUUGGGGUCUCCUUUGGCACGUUCCUGGUUGCACUAUUCUGCAUAACAAAUGGUGGAAUCUAUGUACUUACUCUGUUAGACACUUUCGCUGCUGGGACGUCCAUCUUGUUUGCUGUUUUGGUGGAAGCCAUUGGCGUUUCCUGGUUUUAUGGUGUGGACAGAUUCAGUGAAGAUAUCCAGCAAAUGAUGGGCUUCAAACCUGGCCUCUACUGGAGACUGUGUUGGAAAUUUGUGAGCCCUGCUUUUUUAUUGUUUGUGGUAUUAGUCAGUGUUAUAAAUUUCAAACCUCUGACCUACGAUGAGUACGUCUUCCCACCUUGGGCCAAUUCUGUUGGAUGGGGGAUUGCGUCGUCGUCAAUGAUCCUUGUGCCUGCAUACAUUCUCUAUAAAUUACUGAAGGCGCGGGGGACCUUUAAACAAAGACUAGCAUACUGCAUCACGCCUGAGAAUGAGCAACAUCUUGUAGAACAAGGGAAUGUGCGACAGUAUAAGCUCCAGCAUUGGCUAUCUAUAUGAUGACUAACAAAUUUAAAAGGGAAAUCCAGUACAUUAUAAAAGCUAAAUUGGGAAUAUCAGAGAAGUGACCAUCAAAGCUCUUAACCGUGCUUGGUCCUGGCUGGCUGGCUGGCAUGCUCAGAAGAUUAUCUUCAGAUUUCUUUGGGUGAAGAUUCACCUUUCACUCUCCAAUACCUGUUCAUUCAGUUCAUCAAAUGAACUACCUGGAUGGCAUUUAUUCAUUUCUGUUUUGUUUUUCGUUUUUUAAUACCUAAGUUUUCAGUGUGCUGAUCUUCAUCCUGACCAAAGGGGCAACCUGUGCUAAUGACAGAAGCAAACGAGAGGGGGGUUUAAAAAUCAGCAUCUAGCUGAAGGCUAUCUUAUCUGGGGCAGACAGAUCAAGAGAAUAAUUUAAACUCAUUUCAAGCAGAGACUAUAGGAAGAUGCCUUAGACUGAGUCAGAUCAUUGGACCAUCUAGCUCAAUAUUGCCUACACAGACUAGCUGUGGCUCUCCAGGGUUUUAGUCAGGGGUCUUUCCCAGUCCUACCUGGAGAUGUCAGGGAUUGAACCUGGGACCUUCUGCAUGCAAAGCAGAUGCUCUCCCAUUGAACCAUAUUCAUUCCUCUAUCAGUGUGAUCGCUCUGAAAGAUGGAGAUGUCCAUCAGCAGACCCUUAUUUGAUUAUAAAAUCAUUGAGCUCUAGACUUUGAAGGGGCCGAGCAAUCCUUCUUGUCUAACUCUCAGCUCCCAAGCCAGACCAUCCCCAAAAGAUGGCUGCCCAGCUUCUGCAUGAAGACCUCCACUAUGGGAAACCCCACCACACUCCCAUGUAACCAAUCUCGUUGUUGAAUUGUUCUUACCAUCAAGAUGGUUUUCAUAAUCUUCGGGCGAUGGCUUGCUUGGGCAAGCCAGCCAUGGCUGAUUCAAUAAUGCCAACAUAACUUCGACAUCCUCUGAUGUCACCUCCAAGGCAAUACGUUUCUCAACAAUGGCAAAGAUGAUUGUCUGUUUUGCACGUCUCUGCCAUUCCCCAAAAGCAGCCAGAGAUGGGAUUGGAUUCCAAGCUCUGGAGGCUGUCACAGUUUGCAUCACCUCAAAAUUUGUUUGAAUCACUGAGCAAAGUGGUUCCUUUAUACACCCUGUAUUUGCUAUACAAAUGAAAGUAGAGGAGCAGAGAGAGAGAGAGAGAGAAGAUAUUUUGUUGUUAUGUGUCUUCAAGUCGAUCGCGACUUAUGGCGAGCCUAUGAAUCAGCGACCUCCAACAGCAUCUGUUGUGAAUCUGUUCAGUUCUUGUAAGUUCAGAUCUGUGGCUUCUGUUAUGGAAUGAAUCCAUCUCUUGCUUGGCCUUCCUCUUUUUCUACUCCCUUCUGUUUUCCCCAGCAUUAUUGCCUUUUCUAGUGAAUAAUUUCUUCUCAUUAUGUGUCCAAAGUAUGAUACCUUCAGUUUCAUCAUUUUAGCUUCUAGUGAUAGAUCUGGUUUAAUUUGUUCUAACACCCAAUUAUUUGUCUUCUUCGCAGUCCAUGGUAUGCGCAAAGCUGUCCUCCAACACCACAUUUCAAAUGAGUUGAUUUUUUUCUUACCCACUUUUUUCACUCUCCAAUUUUCACAAACCAUCUUGUCUAUAACAGCAACAUAUGGCUGCUCCUUGCUGAUAUACAGUGAUCUAUCUAAAUUCUAAUGAUCUUCCAUGGAAGCUAGAAAGACAAAACUUGGUUAGUAAUUGGGGGAGGGGGAUCCAAAAUGCCAGAUGUCUGCUAAAAUCAAUACAUAAACAUCUGACACUUGUUUUAAAGGCUGGCUCAUUCCAAUAGCUUUUAGGGUGUUAUACCUCCUAUAGGGAGCCUCCAAAAGUCUAGUGGCUAGAAUGCUGGGUUGGAAGAAUGUGGCAAGACCAAGUUCAUUUGGACAAAUCAUUGGCCUAGUCCUCACUGAGACAGUAAACCUGUGCACGGGCUGCACCACUUCAAACUUUAGUUGGGGGUUCACAAUAUGUAAAGUUCUACCAUACCACCCCCAUUUGGUAAAGGCCAGGCAUUUAUCGUUCAGCCUAAUGUAAUU